UCCAGAGAGGCAGAGCGCGUCGCUGCGACUUGGAGACGUUUUGGUUUCUUCCUCCCUCUGUGGAUGAGAGCGAGAGCCGUGCAGCCGCCGCCGAGGAGCAGGAGACGGAGUUUUAUCCCAAGUUCACGGCAGCAGGUCGUGGAGACAGCGACCUGCUUCUCAGGGGGAAACAUCCCUGAGAGCGCACGUACACUCACGGAGAAGCACACACGCGCGCACGCACGCCAAACAAUCUCACGCAGGCAACAUGCAGGAGUCUGAGCCCACAGUGUGCCAGCUGCAGCCCAACAUCAUCUCAGUGCGCCUCUUCAAGAGGAAGAUCGGCGGUCUGGGUUUCCUGGUGAAGCAGAGGGUGUCCAAGCCGCCUGUCAUCGUGUCAGACCUCAUCCGGGGCGGCGCGGCGGAGGAGUGCGGCCUGGUGCAGGUGGGCGACAUCGUCCUGGCCGUCAACAACAAGCCCCUGGUGGACCUCUCCUACGAGCGGGCCCUGGAGACGCUGAAGAAUGUGUCGCCCGAGAGCCACGCCGUGCUCAUCCUCCGCGGGCCUGAGGGCUUCACCACCCACCUGGAGACCACCCUGUGUGGAGAAGGCCGCCAGCGCACGGUGAGGGUCACGCGCCCCGCCUUCCCGGCCUCAAAGUCCUACGAGCACUGCUCCCCUCUCAGUCCGUUCAGCCCCGGGCAGCAGCAGCAGGUCAACAAGGAGCCCCAGCUCAGGGCCAUAGAGAACCUGUCCUCUCCGUCCAUCAACCAGUCCUUCCUGCAGAGGGGAGGCAUACAGGCCCAGGACCCCCUGCUGAUGAGGGACGGGGGCCGCGGGGGUCUCCUGUGCAACGGGAUGGAGGAGAACAACGAGCUGCUGAAGGAGAUCGAACCGGUGCUGCGCCUCAUCAGGAACAGCAAAAAGGAGAUCAAUGGCGAGGGCCAGAGGAAUGCAGGGAGACGGGACGCCGAGAUUCAAGUGGCCUGGGACCUUGGCGUGGGAAAUGGCACAUCUCCCCAGCUGGCGUCAGAUAACGACAGAAUGCUGGAAAACAUGCCGGUGGUGUUCAACAACACUGGCACUGACAAGCCUCCGGAACAGGGCAGCGCCUCACCGACUAAGACCCUGCAGAACGGCAGUCCCUCCAAAUGCCCCCGAUUCCUCAAGAUCAAGAACUGGGAGACUGGCACCGUCUACAGCGACGUGCUCCACCACAGCUCCAGCAAGAUGCCGAUCUGCACCGAGAACGUGUGCAUCGGCUCCGUGAUGAUACCCAACACGCACACCCGCAAACCAGACGAGGUCCGAUCCCCAGAGGAGCUUCUUCCGCUGGCCACAGACUUCAUCGAUCAGUACUACACCUCCAUCAAAAGAUCGCCACUGUCAUCAUCAGCCAUAGAAAGGAAUGGCUCUAAGGCCCACGUGGACAGACUGGAGGAGGUCACCAAGGAGAUUGCCGCUUCGGGAACAUAUCAGCUAAAAGACACUGAGCUGAUCUAUGGAGCCAAGCAUGCGUGGAGGAACGCAGCCCGAUGUGUUGGGAGGAUUCAAUGGUCCAAGCUACAGGUUUUCGAUGCUCGAGACUGCACAACGGCUCACGGAAUGUACAACUACAUCUGCAACCACAUCAAGUACGCCACCAACAAAGGCAACCUGAGGUCGGCCAUCACCAUAUUUCCUGCGAGGACAGAUUGCAAACACGACUUUCGAGUGUGGAACAGUCAGCUGAUUCGUUACGCAGGCUAUAAACAGCCUGAUGGACUCAUCGUGGGAGACCCUGCUAACGUUGAAUUUACCGAGAUCUGCAUGCAGCUGGGGUGGAAAGCUCCGAAAGGUCGUUUCGACGUCCUGCCCCUCCUGCUGCAGGCCAGUGGAAAUGACCCUGAGCUGUUCGAGCUCCCUGAAGACCUCGUCCUGGAGGUGCCGAUUACACACCCAAAGUACGAGUGGUUCAAAGACUUGGACCUGAAGUGGUACAGCCUCCCGGCGGUGUCCAACAUGCUGCUGGAGAUCGGCGGCCUGGAGUUCACCUGCUGCCCCUUCAGCGGGUGGUACAUGGGCACGGAGAUCGGCGUGAGGGAUUUCUGCGACAGCUCACGCUACAACAUGCUGGAGGAGGUUGCUAACAAGAUGGCCUUAGACACCAGGAAGACUUCCUCUCUGUGGAAGGACCAGGCGCUGGUGGAGAUCAACAUUGCUGUUCUCUACAGCUUCCAGACCUGCAAAGUGACCAUAGUGGACCAUCACUCGGCGACUGAGUCCUUCAUGAAGCACAUGGAGAACGAGUACCGGGUGCGAGGUGGUUGUCCCGGCGACUGGGUGUGGAUCGUGCCUCCCAUGUCGGGAAGCAUCACACCGGUUUUCCACCAAGAAAUGCUCAACUACCGCCUCACCCCCUCCUUCGAGUACCAGGCUGAUCCGUGGAAUACCCACGUGUGGAAAGGUGUCAACGGGACUCCCACAAAGAAAAGAGCCAUUGGAUUCAAGAAGCUCGCCAAGGCUGUGAAGUUUUCGGCCAAGCUCAUGGGCCAGGCCAUGGCCAAGCGGGUGAAAGCCACCAUCCUGUUUGCGACAGAGACGGGCAAAUCGCAAGACUACGCCAAAACUCUCUGUGAAAUCUUCAAGCACGCGUUUGACGCAAAGGUCACGUCGAUGGAUGAGUACGAUGUGGUCGACCUGGAGCACGAGACGCUGGUGUUGGUGGUGACCAGCACGUUCGGCAACGGUGACCCACCAGAAAAUGGAGAGAAAUUUGCAGGUGCCUUAAUGGAGAUGCGUCACCCAACAUCCAACACAGAAGACAGGAAGAGCUACAAGGUCCGUUUCAACAGCGUCUCCUCAUACUCUGACACACGCAAGUCCUCCAGUGACGAGCCAGAGACUAAAAUCAACUUUGAGAGCACCGGGCCUCUGGCUAAUGUCAGGUUCUCAGUGUUUGGCCUUGGCUCCAGGGCCUACCCACACUUCUGCGCCUUUGCCCACGCUGUGGACACGCUGUUUGAGGAGCUGGGGGGGGAGCGCAUCCUACGCAUGGGAGAAGGAGAUGAGCUGUGUGGUCAGGAGGAGUCGUUCAGAACCUGGGCCAAGAAGGUUUUUAAGGCUGCCUGUGACGUGUUCUGCGUCGGCGAUGACGUGAACAUCGAAAAGGCCAACGACUCCUUGAUCAGCAACGACCGCAGCUGGAAGAAGAGCAAGUUCCGCAUGACGUACAUGGUCGAGGCCCCGGUGAUCACAGACGCUUUACACAGCAUUCACAAGAAGAAGGUCUAUGGAGCAAAGAUGCUGGAAUCUGAAAACCUACAAAGUUCCAAAUCCAAUCGCUCCACCAUAUUCGUGCGGCUCCACACAAACAACCACGACAGCCUGAGCUACCAUCCCGGCGACCAUCUGGGCAUCUUCCCUGGCAACCACGAGGACCUGGUUACCGCUCUCAUCGACAAACUGGAGGACGCUCCGCCUGUCAAUCAGAUUAUCAAAGUGGAGUUCCUGGAGGAGAGGAACACGGCUCUAGGUGUAAUCAGCAACUGGACCAACGAGACUCGUAUCCCUCCCUGCACCAUCUACCACGUCUUCCAGUACUUCCUGGACAUCACCACCCCACCGAGCCCUGUGCUGCUGCAGCAGUUCGCCGCUCUGGCGACCAACGACAAACAGAAGAAGAAACUGGAGGUCCUCAGUAAGGGCUUGCAGGAGUACGAGGAGUGGAAGUGGUACAACAAUCCGACCCUGGUGGAGGUGCUGGAGGAGUUCCCCUCUAUCCAGAUGCCCUCCACCCUGCUGCUCACCCAGCUGCCCCUGCUGCAGCCUCGCUACUACUCCAUCAGCUCCUCUCCAGAGCUGCACCCAGGGGAGAUCCACCUCACCGUCGCUGUGGUCUCUUAUCGGGCCAGAGAUGGAGAGGGGCCCGUCCACCAUGGAGUGUGUUCAUCGUGGCUCAACAGGAUAGAGAAGGGGGAGAUGGUGCCGUGUUUUGUCCGAGGUGCACCAUCUUUCCGACUUCCCAAAGACAACCAAGCACCUUGUAUCCUGGUGGGUCCAGGAACAGGCAUCGCCCCGUUCAGAAGCUUCUGGCAAAAAAGACUGUACGACCGUGAACACAAAGGGAUUGAAUCGUGCCCCAUGAUCCUGGUGUUCGGUUGUCGGCAGUCGGAGAUGGACCACAUCUACAAGGAGGAGACGGUCCAGGCCAAGAACAAGGAGGUGUUCAAGGAGCUCUACUCGGCCUAUUCCAGAGAACCCGGCAAACCAAAGAAAUACGUACAGGAUGUACUGCGCGAGCAGCUGUCGGAGACGCUGUACCAGUGCCUGAAGGAGGAGGGAGGACACAUCUACGUGUGCGGGGAUGUUACGAUGGCCGGAGAUGUUCUCAAGACCAUCCAGCAAGUCAUCAAGCAGCAGGGCAACAUGAGCCUGGAGGACGCCGGCUUCUUCAUCAGCAAGCUCCGGGAUGAGAGUCGCUACCACGAGGACAUCUUUGGUGUCACCCUGCGCACCUAUGAGGUCACCAACCGGCUUCGCUCCGAGUCCAUCGCCUACAUCGAGGAGAGCAAAAAAGACCCAGAUGAGGUUUUCUGCUUGUAAGUCUAUGAAUCGGGGGGGCUUUCCGACAACAACCAGUCCGGAGGAUGCAGCAACGCUGGUUGAAGAAUACUGUGCCAAUUUUUGUACUGUAAAAAAAAAAAAAGUGUUUCUUUCUUUCUGUCUUUUUUUAUAUACCACUUUAAUGUUUCUGUUGGGCUCUUUGCGAUUUCGUCUGUAGCAAGUUGUUCUCUGAGAAUCUGUUUUGCUUGUCGAUGAUUCUUCCAAAAAUUAUAAAUUGAUCAUUUUUGAUUUCAUAACGUGUGAACCUAUUGUAAUGACCUGCCUCAUUGUGAAUGCAUGACCAAGACAAGAAUAUACUCAACAAAUAUAAUAUACUCUGUUGUUAUUGUUACAGUGAAAAGGAUUUUAUCGAGGUUUUAUAUUUGCAAGGUAAUGUGUGGCAUCGAUUACAGGAACAGGAAUUGCGGGUGAUUGAAGUUGAUUUCAUUGAUUUAUGAAGAAUCAGGGCUGAUCAAAGAUAUUUGGGCUGUUGUGCUGUUUGUUUUUUUUACAUCAAAGGCUGCAGAUUCAGAACAAUGUAGAAUCGUGAACGAUGUGGAUUGACAGGUCACCGCAAAUGAUGAAUAGCACAUCCGUGGAGCGAAUACCUCCGCCAAGGCUAAAAGUCGCAUAUCGCAGUGUUAACAGAAAGUGAAAAGAAAGUCCUUGAUACGUCUGUUUUUCCGGCCCUGCUACAAAAUGUAAUGUGUUCUUCCUUGAGUCGUGUUCCACCCAUCGGCAAAAUGUCCUGGAAAUUGGUUCCGUAGUUUUUGCAGAAUCUAAUAACAGACAAACAACAAAAACGAACCGCGAUUAAAACACAAACUCUUUGGCCGGUGUUAACAAACGUAUUCUCUAGCUCUUCUCCGCUGUCCAGUGAAAACGCAUCAGCCUCCGCGGCAGCUCUCUUAUUGGUGGCCUGUCCUUUCUCUCAUAACAUCAUAAUCCCAUGUGUCCCAGUGGACAGCAGCAAGAAAUCAAAGCUACCAUGUGUCGCUAUGUGUUGUUGAUCAACUCCAAAACACUUCUUUAGGGCUCUCAGGUUUUAUUUAACUAUAGAUCCUUAUUCAACAUAUUAUACCGAUAUUAUAAAGUCUUCUCUUUCUCCUUAUUGCUGAGCGCUGGAUGAGGAAAUCGAUAGCCUGCCCCUCUCAUGUCCGUACGGUAGAUAUGAAGAUACAGCCAGCGGUGGGUUAGCAGGCGUUCAGACCACAAGUUGCACAAAAACCAAAGUUCCAUGUUGUGGUUUUAUGUGUCAGGCUUUUUUUGGACUGGAAGCAGGAAGUCGCAGCUCCCAGACAAUACAUUUAAAAAUAACCCUGUCCUAAAAUGCAACUUGCUAUUUCAUAGUUUAGUUUUAUUAUGCAGAUUAAACAAAACAAACAAACAUGUUAUAUAUAUAUAUAUAUAUAUAUAUGCUUUAGAUGUGCUGGUAUAGGAAGCUGUUGUUUCAAAUGCUAAGCUAAGCUGAUUAGCUGCAGGCUGUAGCGUCACAUCUCCCGUACGAACAUGGUCGUGGUAUCGAUCCUCACCUUCCUCUCAGCAAAAACAGCAAAUGCCAAUUUUUUUUCUGGUCGGCAGCGAACCUCUUUUGUUACGGGAAAGUAAAAGUUCUGUUUCCUCACACCGUGCUGCCCAGAUCACAUGUGGCAGCUGUCAACUCCGCCCUGUGCUCACCGGAUUUUAAAACUUUCGUUUGUCGGCAUCAUGACUCUUCUGCCUCUUGCCUUACAUUCACUCUCUGCUUCUGCCUACAUGCACCACGUUCACUCUCUUAUUGUCUCAUGCCUCUCUCUCACUGUGACCUGACACCCGCUCAGUAGCAUCAGCAUGUGUGUGUGUACGUCUGUAUAUGUGUGUGUGUGUGUGUGUCAUAUCAAUCUCUGUAAGUGUGUGUGUCUCUAUUCGAGUGGGUGGAAACGUGCAUGUGCUCAGGUGUGUGUUUUUACAUGGUUACUCUGCUCUGUCGUCUGCUAACUCGUCACACUGGUCGGAUUUUUUGAAACCAGCAUGAGUGUGUUGCCGUGUUCGAGUCUGAAAAUGAAAUCUUACAGAUGGUGUUUUGGUGACAGGAAACUGCCCACAUGGCUUUUUUCGUUUUUUGAUCUCAGCAGUUCAGUCCUAUUGUGAAGUUUUGUUUUGUUUUGAUUCAAAGACAAGAGGCGGCCGCUCGGGUCAUUUGCUGCUUUCCAAUGAGUCACAGUUGUAAUUUUGAAUAUAUUUGUGCAGCGGCGACAUCGUUUAUCGACCCACUCGACAGCGACCUGCGACUUUUCCUGUCAUCUUCUCGGACUUAUUUAUUCCCUCCCUUUUGUCUCUGAUGCGGUUUAAAUAUAGCCGUCAUCAUGAUUCAUGGAUUUCAGUGUGAUUUCCAAAACGUCUCGAACAGCUGCUGAGAAAACGUUUGUUUUGUUUUAUUUGGUCUGAAUCAAUUAUUUUAACUGCCCAGAGAAAACGGGCGAUUCCCAUUGUCCCCACUGUCGUUCACUCUGGAUGAAUGUCUCCUCUGUAUUUGUUUUUAACAGAUUUCCUUUAAUUGGAAUGAGAAAAUGUCUGUGAUGUAAAAUGUGCAACAAGAAAACAAUUGAUACAAGAAUAUAGCUUCUAUAUAUAGCUUCUAUAUAUAAAUAUAUAUAUAUAUUCAAAGACAAAGUAUAAAAUAUAAAGAGUACCACUUCGAUCUUUUCUAAGAAUGUAUUUUGAUUAUGUAAAUGAGCACUAUGAUUCUGCUUGAUUUAAAAAGAACAAAAAAAAAAAGGCCUAUUCCAUAUGGUGUCUCUCAUAUCCUUUAGGUAUGGGGAUAAAAACAGCAGCAUUAAAUACAUGCAUGGUGAUCUUCUGUCUCCGGUUCAUAUUUAAAAAGCUCUGUCUGUUAACCAGCACUGUGUCAGUCAGCGAGACUGGAUCGUGAGGUCUGGCCUUUUCCCACAGGGCUUUGGAUGCUUAAAAAAAAAUAAAAAAAACUUUCUGGAGGGGAUUUUCUUUCUCUGUGUUUGCAUAUCGCUGCUGCUACGAACAACUCUGAUCCAAUCAGCCUCUGCUAUAAUGACCUUUGUUGUGUAAUUGAUCGAGGGUAUUCCAUUUUAAUGCAUCAACUGCAAGGACUUUUCAUUUACUUACGAAAUAAAGAGAAACAUUUACAGAAUAUGUCAACACA